AUGGCUGCGGAGUCCGAACGGAAAACAGAUCGGUGGGGCGCCAAUGGAAAGUCGGUCAUGCCAGCUCCAUGGACGUGGGUGUGGAUGCUCUUGGCGGUCAUGAGUCUGACACUCGGUCAGUCCGUCGCUGAAGUCAUUAGUGAUGAUAUCCCCGAAAAUGUGGUAACUCCUGAACUAAGGUCUGGAAAAAAUACAUGUGCAAAGUGCCAUUUACUCUAUCCCAAAACCAAGUACCGCAUUGUAUCGCAACAAAAGGAUAGAAAAAAUCUACAUAAUGUUGUCGUUCUCGUAGAAGAUGGCAAAACGGGAGACACUGUCAAAUUAGCCUUCAGGAAUGGUAUUAAAAACGAAAAGGGAGUUCGGGUCUUGCAAGCCCAGUUCAAAUCGGAGAAUCCCUGCCAGAAAAUUUCUAAGAGAUGCGUUUAUCGACUGAUAAGCCGAAAAACCGGACGUCCUUUUAAAAUAGAUUUCCAGAAAAGCCUGCAGAAUGGAAAACGUAUUGUCAAGCUGGCCCCUUGAGGGUAGCGGAGGUUUAACCACUGAAAAAAUAUUACAAACCUACUUUACAAAAUUUAUACAAAUUUGUUUAAUAAGUUUUCUUAAAGUGUAUACUCAAGCAAAUCAGAAAUUUCAUAAAUUAAAGCUUUUAUUUAUCUAAAAA